AUGGCGAAAGAAGAAGAUGAUGAUAAUUUGCCAGAUAAAGAUGCGGCUAAAGAAUUUUAUGCGAAGUACGAACCUAAAGAAAUUAUAGGCAGAGGUAUAAGCUCAACAGUAAGAAGAUGUGUAGAAAAAGAAACUGGUCAUGAAUUUGCUGCUAAGAUAAUAGACCUCAGUCAGGAAUCACAAGAUGGUGUUGACACACAUACAAUGAGAGAUGCUACACGCCAAGAGAUCCAAAUACUCAGGAUGGUGGCUGGACAUCCUUACAUUAUCGAGCUUCAGGACGUGUUCGAAUCGGAGACCUUUAUAUUCCUCGUGUUCGAACUCUGCAAGAACGGCGAACUGUUCGACUACCUCACAUCGGUGGUGACGCUGUCGGAGAAGAAGACGAGAUACAUAAUGAGGCAAGUUCUAGAAGGUGUCCGCUACGUGCACAGCAAGAAUAUCGUGCACCGCGACCUCAAACCCGAGAAUAUUCUCCUAGAUGACCAGCUUAACGUCAAGAUCACCGAUUUCGGCUUCGCCAAGGUUCUGAAGGACGGGGAGAAGUUAUUCGAACUUUGCGGGACUCCGGGCUACCUCGCGCCGGAGACCUUGAAAGCGAACAUGUUCGAGGACGCCCCGGGUUACGGAAUGGAGGUCGACAUCUGGGCCUGCGGCGUCAUCAUGUUCACUUUGUUAGUUGGCUGCCCCCCAUUUUGGCACCGUAAGCAGAUGGUCAUGCUGCGAAACAUCAUGGAGGGAAGAUACUCCUUCACCAGCCCCGAGUGGGUGGAUAUUUCUGAGGAUCCGAAAGAUCUCAUAAGGAGGCUACUGGUUGUGGAACCGAGCGAGCGAAUUGAUUUGCGCGACGCUCUAAUGCAUCCCUUCUUCCAUACUGUGCUAUGGGACCAGGACAUGACGCCGCUCAAGAAAUCGCUGACUGGUACCAGCCGAAGGAUGUCCAGGAUUGAACAAUUGACCAUGGCGAUAAAAUCGGGCGGUUUCAACGCGCGCGCCAAGCUGCGGCUCGCCUUCGUGGUGGUGCGGGCGGCGGUGCGCCUCCGCCGUUUGCCGCACACGGCGGCGCGCGCUGUGCCGCUCGUCGACGCGCUGCGCGACCCGUACACGAUGCGCGCCCUGCGGAAGGUCAUCGACGGCUGCGCAUUUCGAGUGUACGGCCACUGGCCGCCGCGGCGCCGCUUCUCGGUGCACCCGCUCUGCAGUCUGCUCUCCUGGUUUUUUGGAGUUAUCGUGUACCAGGGCGGCAGCGUCACGGAAGAAGUCGAGCCCCGUCCCGCCGACCGCUCCGACCCA